AUGGGACGAGACCUAGCUCGAAGCCGUUCUCCUCAGGGCGAACAUACCUGCAAAGUCUGCCAUAAGCAGUUUACAAGUGCAGCCAGCCUGCGAAGACACAUCGAUGAGCAGCAUCUCGAAAAAGGGAAGUUGAAGUGUCCGUCAUGUCCGAGCCUCUUUCGUCGCAAGCACGACUUAGAUCGCCACUGGGAGGCCGCACACGAGUCCUCGACAGAACCGGAGGUUCCCCGUACGCCUGGACGGAACCUCGACGUCUUGCAACUUCACCCAGACAAGGCUGAUCGUCGGGCCGUGGAGACUCGCAAUGACCAUUGCCCGGCCCCUGUACGCAGAGUGACAACUAUGACAUCGAUGGUGGGGACUCUUUCAACGGCUUCGGUGGAGACGCGUAACAAGGGAGUGCAGACAGAGCAUGGGGAAGGACGAGUUGUGGAGCGCACCACACAGGAGCUAAAUGAUUUAAUCGAACCUAAAGACAUCGAAAUUGGAAGUGGGGGCAGUACUGAAUGCAGAAGCACUAGAUCAAAACGCAAGAGGAGACAGACACAGUCAGUUCAUGUGGGCGACAACGGAUCGCUGACACCAAACACCAAGUACACAGCUUUCAUCCGGGCAUAUGUUGUACUUGACAACAGAAAGGAGGUCUUUGUAACGAGUCCUCUGCUGCAGCCUGUGUGGACUGCCAAAGCGGCUGACUAUACGGUAGUUAUCGUAGUGGUCUGUGUGCUAAGCACAGCCCUGAUCGUUGCAAUUAUUGUUUGUGGAGUGAUGAGGCAGCGAAGACGGCGUCGUGCGGGCAGCAAUCGGCCAACUACUAAUGUAGAGAUGAAUGACGUUGACUAUGAAGUGACUCUUCCUGAGGGUGGCAUAGCAUCCACAGUCUACGAGGACGUUGGCCUGCCAUCGUGGGCCCUGAGAUGGGAGAUUCUCUGGAAGAACCUGGUGGUUGAUGACAAAGUCCUCGGUCAAGGGAACUUUGGUGAAGUGAGAUCGGGAACUGUGAAUAUUGGCGGGAAAAGGACCAAGACUGCCAUCAAAAUACUGAAAGGUCACGCAUCGAAAACUGACCGGGAAGAUUUCAUGGAGGAAUUUCGUACAAUGACCAACAUCGGAUACCAUCCUAAUGUCGUGUCGUUGCUGGGGGCUUGCCAAAAUGAAGAUGUUUUGUACGUCGCGCUGGAAUAUCUAGCCAACGGCGAUCUGCGCAGCUAUCUGCGCACGGCUCGUUCACAAUCGGAGUCGGACGAGGACACCCUGUCCUCCGACCAGCUGAUCAAGUUUGCUCUGGAUGUUGCCAAGGGGAUGAAGCACCUAUCUAUGUCCGGGGUAAUUCAUCGUGAUUUGGCGGCAAGAAACAUCUUGCUCGGCGAGCGACUGGUCGCCAAAGUCUCUGAUUUUGGGCUUUCGAGAGGAGAGGACAUUUAUGUCCAGACGUCUAUGCGCCGUGUGCCUACCCGUUGGUUGGCCAUUGAGUCUUUGCUGGAUCGCACCUACACCACUCAAAGUGACGUGUGGUCCUUUGGUAUUCUCCUGUGGGAAAUAGCUUCCAUUGGAGGCACACCAUACCCAGCCAUUUCCACCAAGGUCCUGGCAGGUCGGCUGAUGGAAGGAUACCGCAUGACUAAACCAGCCAACUGCGAUGAACAAAUCUACUCCUUGAUGUUUCGUUGCUGGGAGGAGGACCCUAGCAACAGACCCUCCUUCAGUGAUCUGAUCCGCAUCCUCAGCAAGAUGGAUGACAAUAAGACUGAACAGACGUACAUGGCGAUCGAUCGCGCUCACUAUGAGAACUUCAGCGUGAUCCGACCGGAGCUUGAUGACAACUAAACGGACAUACCAAGCCCAAAUCUUCCCUAACGACUGAGGAAAAGAGUAUUAGCAUUAAAGUAGAAAUAUUAGAAUAAUGCACAACCGACUCAAGUGGUUCAGCUGUAUGUUCUUACACAGAAAGUGAUUGAUAUCGCGGUUUGGUUUCAGAAAAUUUAAAGUCUGUUUGCAUACUUUAAUUAAGUAGACCAUUCUGGGAAUUAGAUUUUGCUGUCAGUAGUUGUUAUACUUACUCAUUGUUUAAUUUUGUUGUAUGAGUAUAGUUUUGUUUGCAAGUAAUUUUUGCUUUGUAAAAUGCCAAUUUGAAUGAAGUUGUUAAUAUUAUGGUACAUAAUGAAUAAAAUAAUGUUUGGAAAAAAAUGGAAUCCGGCGGUUUUGAAUCGCUGUGAAAGUCCAGGUGAGAAUUUAAGCAUGAAUAAUAUAGUACAUUUCUAGUAAUUGUUGACAGAAUUGUGAAAUAAAUACUCGGGCAAAAGUAUUUUUUUUGUAGGAAUUAGAUUUGUAAAUGUAAAAUGUACUGAAUUAAUACAAUUUAAUUGAAAUUUAGAAUGUGUAUGAAUUUAAUGUAGGCCAACACAGAAAGUAGUUAUUGCUCAUUGGAACAUUUUUCGUUUGUAUUGUUUUAUUAAAGCUACAGAUACUCAGACGAUACAGAAUCUUUUGGCUAUUAUGUAACAUUAUGCACUUUCUUUGUAUAAACUGAUGACUAUACUAAUGUUAAAGCAAGCAUAAUAAUUUGUCCGUGCUGAAAAAAUAUACUCCAGGAAUAGAUAAUAUUAUGCUAUUUAAAUUUGAAGAUUUUUUUGGCAGCAAAUUUUGAUUAUAAAAUGCUUUUGGAGGAUACAACGACCCCAUUAUCCAUUCAUAAAACUCGAAAAUACGAAAAAAACAUGAACAUGAUUGACAGGAGAGAUGAUGACUGUUGGCUGGGUCAGAAAGCAGAUUGAUCUAACUAAUGUGUGCAUUUCAUAAUUCAGUUACAGAUAUACGUUUUCUU